AUGGAGCAAGAAAUUACUGGAAGAGAAAUUCUGCGAUGUACUUGGAAGAUGCUAGAAGGCAAGGCAAAUAAUCUUGUGAACGGCAUUCAAAGCCGCUCAGAUAAACUGGACAAAUCAACAUCAUGCCCUCUGUCGGAACAAACUAACUUUGACAGCUCCAUCGAGAACAAGGUAGCUGACUUCAAAAGGCUUGUAGACAUAUUCCUCUUUGGGGAAGUAUACCUCCGCUCACGCUCCACCAAAUGCACCACAAAAGGCCUUUUGGAAUGGAAAGAUAAGGCCAGCAAGAUGCGAGAUGUAUCUCUUCACGAGGAACUGGUUGGCUACUUCAAUGAUGCCACCGCAUUUAAAACAUUUCUGGCCUACGAAUUGCCAGAAAUUACGGAAGCUGUGAGAAUGAAGGCGACCAUAAAAGAGAAUACAAUUUGGACUUGCAGGCCAAAGGAGUCGCUGGCGCAAGAACGAGGGCAAAUGCGAAAAGGAAACGUGACGAAAGAAUGUUGGCGAUGGGCGAAGGAAAACCGCAUUUGUUCCUCUGGUAAAGACAUUUCUUCGCGUACGAGGAGAAAUCGAUAA